CGCGAAAGUUAUCGGUUUCUUCGGUAGUAUUUAUAGUUGUGACAAUUUGUAAAUUAGAGUAUCGCGUGUUUGCUCGAUAUAUUUUCCCCUAUGUUCCCGAUGCGAUUCAUCCGCCAUUACCAGACCAUGUUGAGAUGCUUAAUAUGACUUCAGAUCUGACCGAUAGUGAAAUUGACCCAGAGAUGAGUCCAGGUUUGUUCCAGGGUGAUAUGGCUUUGACCAACGACUUGUACAACUACUGGAGGGUUGGAAUUAAAUGGGAUGCUUUCCCUGAAAAAUUGUGGAAAAAUGGAAUAGUACCAUACAGUAUAAGUCCUUUAUAUGAGCCCUCAGAUCAAGUUACAAUUCUAAAAGCUAUAAAAACACUAAAUUUUAUGACUUGUAUAAAAUUUGUGCCCUGGAAUGGAAAAAGUAAAGAUUAUCUUCUAAUAUGGCCAAUAAAAUAUCCAAGGGGAUGCUGGUCAUUUGUUGGAAGAUUCGGCGGAUCACAAAUCGUCAGUCUUCAACCUCCAGAUAAAAAUGGACCAAAUUGUUUGGGGACAGAAGGCAGAGCCAUGCAUGAACUAAUGCACGCCCUCGGAGUAUUUCACGAACAAUCCAGAUGGGAUAGAGAUAAAUUCGUCAAGAUUCACGAAGAAAACAUAAUUCCAAGAUUCAGGUCAAACUUUGACAAACAGAGCCUUGACAACACUACAUACGGCUUCGAGUAUGAUUACGACUCCAUUAUGCACUAUGGAAAAACCUUCUUCAGCAAAAGCAAGAGUAAACCUACGAUCACAACCAAAAUGAACCAUUCCAAGAAAAUUGGUCAAAGAAAGGCCUUAUCCAAAGGAGACUGUUUAAAAUUAAAUGACCUGUAUGGUUGUUUGGAUAACGUCCCAAUGAAGAGAAAGUAUUACAAUAUAUGCAAUUUUAUGGGAAUAUAAGAUUUUUAAAGCUCUUCAUUGGGAAUUGAAUUUUUGACAAUCUGUUUCAAUUAAAUAAAAGUUCCUUUAACCUUCCAAGAACUUGUCUACAAAAAAAAAGGUUAAAAGCUAGUUGACAUAAAUCUUAGUAUUGUUCCUAGCCUAGGCAAUAUAAGUUUAAUCCCAAGAUAGUGAAAUAAAAACACUGAUCUAGA